UCGACAAACAUGGCGGCGCCCAGAACAGCAGCGUGAAAGCGGUGGGGAGGCCGCUGUGGGUUCCAGCUGGGCUCCGAGCGGUGGGGACCUCGCACCAUGUCGCGACUGAUCGUGAAGAACCUCCCGAAUGGGAUGAAGGAGGAGCGCUUCAGGCAGCUGUUUGCUGCCUUCGGCACACUGACUGACUGCAGCCUGAAGUUCACCAAAGAUGGCAAGUUCCGCAAGUUCGGCUUCAUCGGCUUCAAGUCCGAGGAAGAGGCCCAGGUCGCUCUGAGCCACUUUAACAAGAGCUUCAUCGACACAUCCCGGAUCACGGUGGAGUUCUGCAAGUCAUUUGGGGACCCAGCAAAGCCCCGAGCCUGGAGCAAACAUGGCCAGAAAGCAAACCAACCUGAGCAGCCUGCACAGGAUUCGGCCCCCAGAGAAACUAAGAAAGAUAAGAAGAACAAGGUCCCAACUGAGCUGGAGAAGCUGAAGGAAGACACGGAGUUUCAGGAGUUCCUGUCAGUUCACCAGAGGCGGGCACAGGCAGCCACUUGGGCAAAUGAUGCCCUGGACGCUGAGCCCCCAAGAGGGAAGAGCCAGCCAUCCAGUGACUACCUAAACUUCGACUCUGAUUCGGGCCAGGAGAGUGACGACGAGGCAGCUGAGGAGGAGGCCGGAGGGAAGCCAGGGCUGGGGGGAAAGGCGGCCGUGCAGAAGGGGCUCUCCGACAUGGAUUAUCUGAGGUCCAAGGUGGUGCAGGCCCAGGCGUCCUCAUCCUCGGAGGAAGAGGAGAGCGAGGACGAGGCGGUGAACUGUGAGGACAGCAGCGAGGCAGAGAGUGAAGCCGAGGACCCCCCUGCUGCCCCCGCCCAGCCGGAGAGCUCAAGAGGGAGGGGGGGCCCGGAGUCUGGGACCCUGCCUGCCAGCAGACAUCAAGAGGCUGCAGCUCAGACGGACAAGCUGGCAAACCAGGAGCCCACGACCACCCACACGGUGAAGCUGCGGGGAGCCCCAUUCAAUGUCACAGAGAAAAAUGUCCUAGAAUUCCUGGCCCCCCUGAAGCCAGUGGCCACUCGGAUUGUGAGAAACGCACAUGGGAACAAAACAGGGUAUGUCUUCGUGGACUUCAGCAGUGAGGAGGAGGUGAAGAGUGCGUUGAAAUGUAACCGGGAGUACAUGGGUGGGCGCUAUAUCGAGGUGUUCAGGGAGAAGCAUGUCCCCGUGGCCAAGAGUACCCCCAGGAACAGCGCCAAACCCUGGCAGGGCCGCACACUUGGGGAGGACGAGGAGGAGGAGGACCUGGCAGACUCCGGGCGGCUCUUUGUGCGCAACCUGCCCUACACCAGCUCCGAGGAAGACCUGGAAAAGCUCUUCUCCACCUAUGGUCCCCUGUCAGAUCUGCACUACCCCAUCGACAGCCUGACCAAGAAACCCAAGGGCUUUGCCUUCGUGACCUUCAUGUUCCCUGAGCACGCUGUGAAGGCCUAUGCCGAGGUGGAUGGGCGGGUGUUCCAGGGCAGGAUGCUCCACGUGCUGCCGUCCACCAUCAAGAAGGAGGCCAGCGAGGACACCGAUGUCCCCGGCUCCUCCUACAAAAAGAAGAAGGAAUCCAAAGACAAGGCCAACAGCUCCAGUUCUCACAACUGGAACACGCUGUUCAUGGGGCCCAACGCCGUAGCUGAUGCCAUUGCUCAGAAGUACAAUGCCACCAAGAGCCAAGUAUUUGACCACGAGACCAAGGGCAGCGUGGCCGUGCGGGUGGCCCUGGGGGAGACCCAGCUGGUCCAGGAGGUCCGGCGCUUCCUCAUUGACAACGGGGUCAGCCUGGACUCCUUCAGCCAGGCUGCAGCAGAGCGAAGUAAGACUGUGAUUUUGGCCAAGAACCUCCCGGCAGGCACCUCAACAGCCGAGCUGCAGGAGACCUUCGGCCGCUUCGGCAGCCUGGGCCGGGUGCUGUUGCCCGAGGGCGGGGUCACGGCCAUCGUGGAGUUCCUGGAGCCCCUGGAGGCCCGCAAGGCCUUCCGACACCUGGCCUACUCCAAGUUCCACCACGUGCCUCUGUAUCUUGAGUGGGCUCCAGUUGGCGUCUUCUCCAGCACAGCCCAACAGAAGAGCGAGCCCCAGGACGGGCCAGGGGACGCCGCAGAGAGCCUGGAGGCGGAGCCCGCACCAGCGGGCAGCCAGGCCCCGGUACAGGAGGGAGCAGAGGAUGGCAGCGAGGAAGAUGAAGAAGAUGAAGAGAGCGCCCCGGGGUGCACUCUGUUCAUCAAGAAUCUCAACUUCAGCACCACGGAGGAGACACUGAAGCAAGUGUUCUCCAGAGUGGGCACACUGAGGAGCUGCACAGUCUCCAGGAAGAAGAAUAAAGCCGGAGCCCUGCUCUCCAUGGGGUUUGGCUUUGUGGAGUACCAGAAGCCAGAACAAGCCCAGAAAGCCCUGCGGCAGCUCCAGGCUCACGUCGUGGACGGCCACACGCUGGAACUGCGGAUCUCGGAACGAGCCACCAAGCCAGCCGUGACAUCGGUGCGGAGGAAGCAAGUCCUCAGGAAGCAGACGACUUCUAAGAUCCUGGUGCGGAACAUCCCCUUCCAGGCCAGCCAGCGGGAGAUCCGGGAGCUCUUCAGCACCUUUGGGGAGCUGAAGACGGUCCGCCUGCCGAAGAAGAUGGCGGGGACUGGUGCACACAGAGGGUUUGGCUUUGUGGACUUCCUCACCAAGCAGGAUGCCAAGAGAGCCUUCCACGCCCUGUGUCACAGCACUCACCUGUACGGCCGGAGGCUGGUGCUGGAGUGGGCAGACUCCGAGGUGAGCGUGCAGGCCCUCCGGCGGAAGACGGCCGAGCGCUACCACCACGAGCCCCCGAAGAAAAAACGCUCUGCAGUGCUGGACGGGAUCCUGGAGCAGCUGGAGGACAGCGAGCCCGAGGAGCAGGCCCUUCCGCUGUGAACAGCGAGCCUGGGUCCGGGGGAAGCAGGGCCACCUUGCUGAGACCUUGCCGAGACCUGAGACCAAGUCCUCUGGCCCUCACACCUGCACCG